CCAAGGCCCCCGCUGUUUCGUUCCCCGUUUUUUUUAAGCCCCUCAAGUCAAUCAUAUUCUUUACAAGUUGUAGCGCAAAUCAGUCGAUACACAUACACCUUCUCUUUCUCUGUUUCUAGAGACUUCUUCCUGUCUCUGCAUCUCCAAUGGCGUCCGAUCUCGAAAAGAAGGUCAAAGAAGCGUUCGUCGACGAACACUUCGAGCUGGCCGCCGACCUCUUGACACAGGCCAUCGGUAUAAACCCUAACAACGCCGAGCUCUAUGCUGACCGCGCCCAGGCCAAUAUCAAACUCAACAAUUACACUGAGGCCGUUGCUGAUGCAAACAGAGCGAUUCAAUUGGAUCCUUCAAUGGCCAAAGCUUACUUGCGGAAAGGCACUGCUUGCAUAAGCCUUGAGGAAUAUCAAACUGCUAAGGCAGCCUUGGAGAUUGGUGCUUCUCUUUCCCCAGGAGACCUUAGGUUCACUAACUUGAUCAAACAAUGUGAUGAGCACAUUGCUAAUGAGACUGUUAAUCUUCUAAACCAACCAGUGGAAGCUCCACAAAAUGUUGUAGCUAUGGAAGAUGUUCAGCCAGCGAAUGACCUCUCCAGCCAGGUACCAAUAGUACCAGCAGCCAAACCAAAAUACAGACAUGAAUUCUUCCAGAAGCCUGAAGAGGUGGUUGUGACCAUAUUUGCAAAGGGCUUACCAGCUGAUAGUGUUUCUAUUGAAUUUGGAGAACAAAUACUAAGCAUCAGUAUCAAUGUCCCUGGUGAAGAUGCAUACCAUUUUCAACCUCGCUUAUUUGGAAAGAUAAUACCCGCCAAGUGUAGAUAUAAUAUUUUGUCUACCAAGGUUGAAAUCCGACUUGCAAAGGCUGAACCUAUACACUGGAUGUCUCUUGAAUUCAACAAGGAAACAACAGUCGUACAAAGAUUUAAUGUAUCCUCAGUGAAUUGUGUAGGAACUGGGUCUCAGAGACCAUCCUAUCCUUCAUCAAAACCAAAAGCAGUAGACUGGGACAAAAUUGAAGCUCAAGUAAAGAAGGAGGAAAAAGAUGAAAAGCUAGAUGGUGAUGCAGCGUUGAACAAGUUUUUCCGGGAGAUAUACCAUGAUGCAGAUGAAGACACGAGAAGGGCAAUGCAAAAAUCUUUUGUCGAGUCAAAUGGGACAGUGCUGUCCACAAACUGGAAAGAAGUGGGUGCUAAGAAGGUAGAGGGAAGCCCUCCCGAUGGUAUGGAGAUGAAGAAAUGGGAGUACUGAGUUCUUGGUCUAAUUGUUGGAAAUAUUAUAUUUGUAAUUUGGCGAUUUUGGUUCAUGAGUGUUGGUCUAUUCCUGUUAUCUAAACUUUCAACUGAACUUAAGUAGGUUGAUAUUGUGUUUCUUUUGUUUCAGCAAUACAUAUGUUGUUUAGGAUUGAUGAGACUGCUUCUUUUAUAACAUGUAUUUCUGAAAGCUUCGCUGCAAUUGUGUAAAUGAGCUCGAUUGUUAUUACUAUUAACAUAAUUAUUCAGUUUGGAACCUAA